CAUGAUCAGAGUUCGUCAUUUAUAUACGAGAGAGAGUCGCCAAUAAGAAACUAAACCACUUACAGUUACUAAACCCUAAAGAUCAGCCACUCUCUCUCUCUCUCUCUCUCUCUCUCUCUAUGGAGGAUGGUAAGCUGCAGCCACUUCUGUCCUCCAGCGUCGAGGACCAAAACCAAAACCAAGAGCCGCGACAGUCCCUCCCUGUAGCAGCAGACAAUUCCACCUCCGCCAUCUUCGUCGCCGGUGUCCCUGACAUCCUUCCUAUCGAGGGGCCUCGCGAGUUUUUCAGAGAGUUCCUCAACCAGUCAAAGAAGCUCUGGUACCUCGCCGGCCCCGCCAUCUUCACCACCAUAUGCCGGUACUCGCUCGGGGCCGUUACCCAAGUCUUCGCUGGCCAUGUCAGCACUAUCGCCCUCGCUGCUUUCGCCGUAGAAAACUCUGUUAUCGCCGGCUUCUCCUUCGGCAUCAUGCUUGGAAUGGGGAGCGCACUCGAAACUCUAUGCGGGCAAGCGUACGGAGCUGGGCAGAUUGAUAUGCUAGGGAUCUACAUGCAAAGGUCGUGGUUGAUUCUCGUGUCCACGGCUUUGCUUCUAAGCCUUUUGUACAUAUUUGCCGGGCCACUCUUGAAACUAAUCGGCCAGACGGAAUCUAUAUCGGAAGCCGCGGGAGUCUUCGCCAUUUGGAUGAUUCCGCAACUUUUCGCCUACGCGAUGAACUUCCCAAUCGCCAAGUUUCUGCAGGCGCAGAGCAAGAUCAUGGUGAUGGCCAUGAUAGCGUGCGUGGCUCUGGUUCUGCACACUUUCUUUAGCUGGCUGCUGAUGAUGAAGUUAGGAUGGGGUCUGGUGGGAGGGGCUGUGGUGCUGAACUCGGCGUGGUGGUUCAUAGUGGUGGCGCAGCUGAUUUAUAUUUUUUGUGGGAGUUGUGGCAGGGCCUGGUCUGGGUUUUCGUUGAAGGCAUUUCAGAAUCUAUGGGGUUUCAUUAGGCUAUCUGUGGCCUCGGCAGUGAUGCUCUGCUUGGAAGUUUGGUAUUUCAUGGCGCUGAUCCUCUUUGCUGGAUAUCUAAAGAAUGCUGAAGUUUCAGUAGAUGCCUUGUCCAUAUGCAUGAACAUAUUGGGCUGGACAAUCAUGGUUGGUCUUGGGAUGAAUGCCGCCGUAAGUAUAAGAGUUUCAAAUGAGUUGGGUGCGGGUCAUCCAAGAACAGCAAAAUUCUCAUUAGUGGUGGCAGUGGUGACUUCAUUUAUAAUCGGCCUCGUAAUCUCACUCAUUCUGAUACUCACACGAAACGAUUACCCAUCUUUGUUUACGACCGAUACCCAAGUCGAAGACCUUGUUAAGGAGCUCACUCCAGUACUUGCUCUCUGCAUUAUCAUUAACAAUGUUCAACCCGUUCUCUCUGGGGUGGCCAUUGGAGCAGGAUGGCAAGCUGUUGUUGCUUAUGUGAAUAUUGCAUGUUAUUACAUAUUGGGGGUACCUCUGGGUGUUAUAAUGGGUUACAAACUUGAUUUGGGGGUCAGGGGAAUAUGGUAUGGAAUGAUGACUGGAACAAUCGCACAGACGUGUGUCCUUUUCUUCAUGAUUUACAGGACCAACUGGAGCAAAGAGGCUUCUAAGGCAGAAGACAGAAUCAAUAAAUGGGGAGGGCACACAGAAACCAGAGAGAACGAUGUAGCCGAAACAACAGAAACGUGAAAGUGCAAGGCAACAAGCCAGAGAUCUUCGCAAAUAAGAGACCAUACCUCAAAAAGCCAAUUUUCUCCAAAACAUGCUAUACUACUCCAAGGCAGCAAAGAGCUGUUUCUAUUGUUUGGCUUGAAAGGUGUUUUUUCCCCCCUUUUCAUGGAUGAGCUCCUCAUCAGGAGAAACAAAAUUUCACAUCCUUACAGGAAAAGUCUCAUCUUGAGAUUGUCCAACUGUUCUGAAUCAAAAUAGGAAGACAUAACGCCCCUUUAACAGCUGGUGUAUCUAAGAGCAAACUAAGAAAUUAACUAAUCUGACCAGAAAGACAGCUCCAAGUUUAGACCCAGUAGCCAAAUUAACGAUCUAUACGACGCCAAAAUCAAAACAACACCAAACAUGUUUUGUUACAAGUUCAAUGCAACACCAAACAUCUUACGCUUUAUUGCCUAUUCUACCAUAUAGACUGGACAUUGAUCAUUACAACCUAGGCAAAAAGGAUUUCAUUUGUACAUUAGGUACCUAGGUAAUAAACGAACACUGACAUAACACGAGUGAUGGCGGCAAGUCCAACGUGGAAUGAAUGAACAAAACGUUGUGUUAGCAGGGGAAGUGAGCUCAGGCACAUGCCAUAAGCUAAACAUAGCUAAAGAAGACUGAUUUAACCCCAAGGGUUAUGGCUAAGGCCUUGGUCUUGGAGUAUAACUCUCUUCAAGGACCAAGGUUCAACAUCUCAUGGGUGCAAACAAUUAUUUGAGACCACACCUCUAGUGAAAACCCAGCGAUUUAACCAAUUCCGUAUAGGAAAAUUUCUAAGAGUGCGGUGCACAGGAUUAGAGUUUAUUAUGCGUGGGUCCGAAGGACUGCCUUAGAGAGC